AUGGCUUACGUCUCCACAAGAUAUUUCGGCGCGACACCCAAGGUGACGACCGAACGAAAAAACUUUGGCGAUGUUUUUGCAUUUAACAACUUCAAGAAAGUGGGGACAGGCACCUGGAGCGUCACCACUGGUUUUCACCAUCUGAGCCGAAAACCAGCAGAAUUGCGAAUCUACGUGCUGCAGGCCAACUCAGACUUCGUCAAUGAUUCGUUCCACCUGGAGCUGGGGUGCUACAACAGCUGCCUGUUGUUGAACAAGCCUUUAGAUGGUUGGAUUCGGGUGGCGCGGGUGAUCUCUCCCGGUGAUGCGGACGUCUUGGAUGCGCACGCCCGGGCCAUUCUGGUAGGUUGGGACUUGGAAGUAGAGGACCACGGUCGUUUGUGGUAUAAGUUCGAACUUGCUGCGCACAAUUCGUCCAACACACAGCCAGAGCUCCUUCACUGGGCCUAUGCUCACCAUCAGAAGAUGCUGCAGCACGCAGAAGGAAAGACUCGCAUCGCCCAAAAUCUGAGCUCGAGUCAAGCACCUACAAAAGGGCACAUGCAUGGGGUGCUGGGAAACAAUUGGCUUUUGCACGCUGAACUCUUUGAAAAGACCAAUGCAUUGGAUUUCUUGCCAGCAGCACAGCCCUCCUCAGAAAGGCAGAGGCUGUUGAGGCAGGAGACCAGGAAGACCUUGCAAGAGCUGCGCAAGACAUGGCGGCACUCAAUGUUUAAGUCUGACUUCUACUUUAGUGGCAAAGGCUUCCAGAAGGUGGCCAUGGUCUGCCUCUUGGCAGAGCAGCUCCUCACUGCCCGCGAGCGUAGCCUUUGCACCAGCUGGCUCUCUCGAGGCUUCGAGCCCCUUGGAUGCGACGAGCGGAGCAAAGUAAGCUCCGAGCAUGUCAGGUGCAUUAUCAGCCGGUCGAAGACCGACAAGGUAUCCUCCCAGUGUGCAGGAGCGCCGGGAGGCCUGUUCUACGAUACGGAUUGGGGUGGUUUGCCCAGCAGAGUUGGGUACAACGCCACAUGGCACUCCGAGCCAGUUUUGCAUUGCAUGUUGGCAGAUUUCGGAAACUCCUGCUACAACGACCAUCACUACCACUUUGGUUAUUUCGUUGUCACUGCUGCCAUCUUGGCAAAAUUGAAGCCCGAGUGGAAGAACAACACCGAUUUUGUAGACUUUGUCGAUGGCCUGAUUCGAGACACUUCGAAUCCCAGCAGCCAUGAUCCAUACUUCCCUCGCUUUCGAAGCUUCGACUGGUUUGACCUGCAUUCGUGGAGCCGUGGCCUGGCGCCGAACCCAGAGGGAAAAGAUGAAGAGUCGACCUCGGAAGAGCUGAAUCUUCAUUUUGGCAUCCACCUCUGGGGCAAAGAGACCGGAAGGAAGUCUUUGCAGCAGCUGGGUGCAACGAUGUUGGCCAUGGCCACGACCACCGUGCAGGAGUUCUUUUUGAUGACUGAAGGAAAUCCUCAUCAUCCGGCAGACUAUGCCAGGAAUCGGGCACCGGGCAUGCUUUUGCAGAACAAGGCGCACUACGCAACCUAUUUUGGGAAAAAGUUUGAGUACAUCCACGGCAUCCAAAUGCUGCCUUUGUCACCCGCCUUGAUGCUUGCGCGGAGCCCCAAGUUCAACAAAUUGGAAUGGAGUGAGAUUCUUUGCAACUUGCCCCUGGCACUCACGGACCGUUGGACCUCGGUGCUUCUGACGGGAAAUCUGGCGAUGUUUGAUUCAUCGGCUGCUCUUGAGCGUUUACAAAAGAUGCACCCAAAGAGCAUGGACGAUGGCUUGACCAAAGCUUACGCCUUGUACUGGGCCAGUGUCCAACCAGCCAGUGACGGCAACUGGACCUGCGGCCAACCAUUUUUUCAUGGGCCUCGUGUAUGUCCUGCAGGUCAUUACCGUGCUGGCGCCGGGUGUUUGAAAUGCCCUGCCGGCACAUGGAACAAUCUCACCAACCAGACGAACCGCACUGCUUCCAGACAUGGAACCCGACCGGACUUGAUGGAACGGCUGGGCAUCCGUUGCAUGGGGUUCAGGCGUCAUGAUCCAGGCGAUGCUGAGACUAUGGAGGCGUUCGAAGAACUUCGUUUAGAAAUAGAGAGCUACUUCGACGCCGUGCAGUUGAAGAUGCAACGCCUCCACAUGACCAUGCGGGGACAUCGACACAAGGAGGUUCCGUCCACAGAGUCAGAAGCUGCCAACAACAUGUUGGCCUCGGAGCCAAUUGCUUUGGUGGACUAUCGGUCCCACCGCAGCAAGGAAGAACAAGUUGAGCUUGGUCGCACCAUUGAAAGGCACUUUUUGGGCAACUUCAAUUCUGCCAAGGGAAUGGACAUCCGCUUGCACGGUAGGUGGAUGGAACUGUCCACACGGGUAGGCGAUGACACACAACUGAAGUCAGUGCAAAUGAAGCAGAACAACACCAACCGCUUUUCUGAGUUCCACAUGGAUGGCACGUCGGCCUUUCACCCCGGGGGCAACUUCCGUGUUGCGUGGGAUAUGAUGGGUUUGUUCUUCUUAUCCAUCGACGCUCUGAUGUUGCCAUUGUCCUUGGCCUUUGACAUGCAAAUGAGUACAGACAAUCCAGGGGGAGUGUUGCUCACCAUCUUCUUUUGGUUCGGCUUCGUGUACUGGUGCUCUGAUAUACCCGCAAACUUUAACACUGCAGUGUAUCGUCAAGGGCGUAUUGUGGAGACACGACGACUCAUUGCAUACCACUACCUCCGGACCUGGUUCUUCUUCGACCUUGGCCUCAUCACCUUAGACUUGAUCAGCGUAAGCACGGAGUGGUCCGCGGCAGGUGAUUUGGCAACUUUGCGCUCUCUACGUGUGAUACGAGCACUGCGAUUGUUGCGCCUUCUGAAGGUCAGUAAGCUGAAGACGAUCAUUCAAGAGAUGGUGGCCUCAACAGGACGAUCUGGAGUGGUCUUUAUGCUGGCAAUUCUCAACACCGCGAUCUUGAUCAUGUUCAUGAUCCAUGUGAUGACUUGCGUGUGGUAUGGCAUUGGCCGAGGCUCUAUCAGUUCAGGCCAGAUUUCCUGGAUUGACAUCUCUAUGGCUACGGAUGUGUCAACCUUCACACAGUACAUGCAUUCCUUGCGCUACGUCAUCAAUGCACCAUCGCCACCCUUGGUUGCACCAGACAAUCUGAUCGAACUUUCAGCGGACACUCUUGCCAACAUCCUGGGGCUUAUCGUUCUAGGUUCCGCGGUGUCCAAAAUCUCUCAAGCUCUUGCAGACAUGCGAGCCAAUAGUGAGUCAGAUGACCGUCAACGACGAGAGAUCCGAUUGUAUUUGAACAGCCAGAAUGCUCCUUUCGAGCUUGUCAGCCGCAUCAUGAAAUUUGUGGAUUAUCGCCUGGAAAAGAUGUCAAACAUCAGCUUCGAUGCCACAUUGAUCUCCAAGACUCUGCAGACGGAACUUUAUGUAAACCAGCGAAAUGCAUUCCUUGUCCAGCUGCCAAUUUUCUCCUUGGCACAGGCCGUCUAUCCAGACGUUUUUGCAGAUUUGUGCGCAUGCCUGAGCAAGGACGUCUUCGAAAAAAUUGAGUCUGUCUACCUCCUUGGCUCGUGGGCGAAGGGAAUGGUCAUGACACUGAGCGGUACAUUCACAUAUUCCGAGCCGGAGGCUACUGCACUAUCCAUUGAAGGAACAGCCUGGUUUGAAGAAGCAAGCUUGUAUGUUGAUGGUAUGCUUCACAACUCCUCGUUGGCUACAAAGACCUUUGGAGAGACCUUCCUUCUGAGUGGCGAAGAUUUGGUUCGUUGCCUUAUCCACUCACCAGGCUGCACGAGGAUGUUCUUGGAGUAUGCACGUGACUUUGUGGCCAACCUCACCCGUGAAAAAGCAGACCCUUUUAUUCGCGACACUCAGAUGAAAGCUGGAGAAAAAGCCUGCCUUUCCAAUUUGCACUACCAGGAGCUAUACCAAGAUCCACGAAAGAAGCUUGAAAACAUCCAUACUGCAAGCUGGGUCAGAGGUGAAGCCCUACCACCUCUUUCCUCUGAGCAGGAGGAGGCUGGUUUGUUAGCAGGGCGGCAUACGCGCCGCGCCAGCUUCUUUGGUGGUGUGACACGAAAUAGCGGCAAACAGCAGGAAGCAGGGAGCUGGUUAAUGCGUCGCCAAGAGUCUUUUGGCUCGGCGAAUGAGAACUUGAGGAUUCAGGCCUCGGUGUUGUCUAGUGAAGCGGACAGAGAAUUUGGGCUCCGCAAGUUGAUCGAGGCUGUCAUGGAAACAACAUCCGAAGCCGCAUCGAAGACGGACGAUCACCCUGAAGCAUCAUGUGAGACGUCCGCGUCUUUAGGGGGUUUCUUUGAAGAGGAUCAGACACUGGCGUCAAGGAUAGUGUCUGCCAUUCCAGAGCUAGACAAACGCUACGGGCCAUACAUCCUAUUUGAUCAGGAAGCUGAGCGUGGACGAGCAGAGUCGAGUUGCAUCAGUUUAUUGGCCUUGCUUGGAAAGCACUUCGACAUUUUCACCUCGCCCCAGCCAGCGCGCCAAAAACUCCUCCAACGACAGUGGCAAGAGCUACUUGAGAUUGUGGAGUGGAUCUCGCCCACUCAGGAGCAGGUGCAUGGGGUGUUGGUCCUCUUGGCCAUCCGUGGCAUUGUCAAGGCCAAGGCAGUGACACGGCAAAUCCCAAAGCCACACAGGCGCCCAGAGCGUGCCAUCACCUUCCUGAUGGAAUGCUGUCAGCAGGCCGUACCAAGUGCCACGCAUUUGAGUGACAAAGCCAUGGAAGUGAUCAAGAGUGCAUUGGAGGUGCACGAAACCUUCAACUUGGCACAGAUGCUCCAGGGUGAGAACGUCCCUGGAAGUGUGGUGAAGCUGAAGGAAUUGAUCAGAGAUGCAGAAGGGGAAGAGGCCCUCCGCAAUUAUAUGCUGUUCCUGCUUGGCUUCAUGAGUGGCGUAUCUGGUGGCGAGGGCUCGAGGUUCAUGAAUGCUAAGAACGCCGAAGGAUUCAUUGCUGGGGUUCGAAUGCUGCAGCAGCUCACGUCGAGCACCCCUCGCGGCAUCUACUGGGGCUUCCUGGUGGCCCGUGCUGACGCCCUAGAAAUCCCAAGGGAGACUGCAGAGGAUUUUGCGUUAGUUCGCUUGGCAUGCCUGGCACGGGUGCAAGAUCCCAAAUCCUAUGUCCACCUUCGCUCGGCUUGGGACGGUCUAGGUAUUCGUGAAAGAGACCUUCUGAUGGACCACUUCCUUGCGGAUGGAAUGGAUCAACGCGCCUAUGUUUUGGAGUUCCUCCCUGCCUGUGUGCAAAACGCACAGCAAAACAAAGUUAUUGGUUUGAGCCUCCUGCUUGAGGUGUUGGUGGAUAUCAUUUGCAAUCUGCAUCCAGCUGUUGCUUCAUCACCAGCGGGAGAAGAUGCAAAGAUCGUGCCCUGCAACCUCUCAGAUCUAGCUGAGUUUGUUCAAGUGGUGAAGAAUCGCUUUAUUUUCCGCACGUGUAUAUCAAGAGCUCGGCUUCGGUGGCUGGGUGAUCGCUUGACAUUGGAGAUGACAGGUGGCAACUGGGCUCGUUUGAACGAAGCGGACUCGGAUACAACUGCGCUGGCAAACACCAUUAAGGAGAUCUCCGACCGGCAGCGAGAGUUAGAAAGUCGCUUGCACAGAAAUGAGGGGCCGUACAAGCUCCAACGAGUCAUUUGCUGA